AUUCCCAGCUCAAGUGUCUCCUGAUACGGUGAGUCUUCUUUCUGCCGGAGAUUCCACUUCAGAUUGUCUGAAAGCCAGUGAAAAUUAUAAUGGAUGCAUUUCCUAGUUUAGUUCAGAAGAAUCCCUUUAUGAAACUUAACAGAUGCGUAUUUGGUCAACAUGAAUCAAUUACUUGGCGUAUCUUAUUGACUCGUUGCAAGCACAACCUGUUUGCAUCCAGGAUUCAAGCAGUUCAUACUAGUGAUCUUCAUUCAACUGUCAAUUGCCAUCUCUCUGAAGAGGUAAGGCUGGAGAAGAGAGCAAGUUCUUGUGUUCCAAUCCCUAAAGAUUUUAGUUGGCCUUCUCCAAAUGAUGAGAUUCCUUUCUGGAAGAAGGACUUCCCUUCAUGGGAUGUGAGCAAAGAAAAUCCAGUUGACAUAGAAAAGGAUUCUGAUCUUAUGCACAUUAUUCAUGUCACUGCUGAAAUGGCUCCAAUAGCAAAAGUUGGUGGCCUUGGAGAUGUUGUAACUGGGCUUGCCCGUGCCUGUUUAUCUCGUGGACAUAAAGUGGAUAUAAUGCUCCCUUUCUAUGAGUGCAUCCAUAAGCAGCAGAUUAAUGGAUUGACAUUAACCACUACAUACAAUUCAUAUCAUGAUGGAAAUUGGGUCCCUACUAAUGCAUAUCAGGGGAUAGUAUCGGGCAUCCCUGUAAUAUUAAUUGAACCAAGUAAUCAUUUCUUUAAGGGGCAAUCUGUAUAUGGAGGUUCCUACAAUGAGCUCGAGGCAUAUCUCUUUUUCAGCCGUGCUUGCCUUGAAUGGAUGCAGGUGACUGGGACUCAGCCAGAUAUUAUUAAUGUCCACGAGUGGCAGACUGGUGCCUUACCUCUACUUUAUUGGGAUAUGUAUAAUUCUCUCUCAAUUAAGAAACCAAGACUACUAUUGACAAUCCACAACAUUGAGCACUAUGGUGAGUGCAGGCAAGACGAACUAAGCAAGUGUGGUCUUGAUGGAUCUUUAUAUGCAACCAUUGACAAGGCAAUUGAUGAUCGAACCAUUGGCCAUAAUCCUGAGAGAUUGAGUUUAUUGAAGGGUGGAAUUGUUUACAGUAAUGCAGUUGUUACAGUAUCUCCUACAUAUCUUGAGGAGACACUCCGUUCUGGGUGGCUUACAAGCACGCUAUUAAGAAACCGUAAUAAGUACCAUGGUAUUUUAAAUGGUAUAGAUACAGUGAUGUGGGACCCAGCUACAGAUGUUUUCUUGCCCUCUAACUUCAAUGCUCAAGAACUGGAAGGGAAAAAAGUAUGCAAACAAUAUGUUCAGAGGGGGUUGGGUUUGGCUCCUGAAUGCGGUCAAAUUGGUAGCAAUUCAAACAGGGUACCAUUGGUUGUGUGCAUUAGUCGUUUGGUUGCUCAAAAAGGUCUCCAUCUGAUCAUGCAUGCGAUUAAACGGGUAGAAGAAUUGGGCGGGCAGAUAGUUGUACUCGGAAAAGCUCCAGACAGUCGAGUUGAAAGAGAAUUUGAGGGCCUCGCCAAUUUGCAUAACCAAGGAACUAGUGUGCGGAUUCUUUUGAUGUACAGUGAGGAGCUCUCUCACUUGCUCUAUGCGGCAGCAGAUAUGGUGUUGGUUCCUUCCAUAUAUGAACCUUGUGGACUUUCUCAAAUGAUUGGGAUGCGCUAUGGAGCGGUACCAGUAGUGAGGAAGACAGGAGGCCUUGCAGAUACAAUCUUUGACAUGGAUGAUCAAUCACGUCGUGAGGUGGCCAACGGGUUUGUCUUUGAAGGCAUUGAUGAAGGGUCCUUGAGUUGGGCUCUAGAGCGAGCUUUUCAUUACUACAAAGACAAACCAGAUGAGUGGAAUGAGGUUGUUCAGAAGGUUUUGGAAAUUGACAAUAGCUGGAAUAAUACAGCCGGGAAAUACAUUGAUGUCUACAACUCCAUAAGAUGAUGAAGAUCAUUAUCUAUCACAAUUAAU